GAUUGAGUCGUUGUUCUACUGUCGAUUGCAACACUUCUGUGCCAGUUUGUUGUUAGUUAUUAUUUUGCCUUAGCUUUAGUAGCCAAAAGUAAUAUAUACAAAAUAUAUUUAAAAAAAUAUAUACAAAAUACAAAAUAAAAAGUGAAAUAAGAAAACAAGAGCACUCUGCUUUAUAACGAAACAAAGUGAGAUUCAGUGGUUUCGUCCGUUUCGCGUGUGUGACACCGUGUGCUUUCAGCCAAGUUUUUGGUCACCAGGCGAUCGACGCAUAUCUUACGGAUACAUUUCACAAGAAUUUGUAAUAAAGGAGAUCAUUGAUCCAAUUUGGUGUUAAUUGAGAAAAAAGCUGGCUUUCCAUUAACACAGGACAAAUAUAAAAAAACAUAUUUCAAAGAAAGCGUCAACCGCACACUCCAGCGCCAAAAAAAGCUUACAGCAGCCAUAAUACGUGGCCUACGUACUUAAAAGCGAAUAUAGUCGUAUAGUCAAAUAGUCAAAUAGAGCGGACACAUUUAAUAACAAAAAAAAAGCAAUUUAUAGCGAAUAAACUGCGAGUGAUUAUACUGGUUGUCGCACUCUAGAUAUUAGUGUAUACUAAAACAAAAACAAUAAGAGAGAAAAACCAAAAAAUAAAACAAAACAAAAAACAAGAUACCACAAGCCAUACGCAUAAAUCCAAAGGAUAUUCUGAGCCCAGUGGUAGCGAUUAAAAAGCGUCAAAAUUCUUCCCUUUGCAAAUUUUAAAAUACAACCACAGCCAAUGCACAAGAUGGCAGCACCGACCGGAGCAGCGCCGACGGCGGCACUUGAGGCCCCACUAUCCGCCCCAAAGUAUGGCACGCUUAUACCAAACAGAAUUUUCGUUGGCGGCAUAAGUGGCGACACUACAGAGUCGGAUUUGUGCCGUGUAUUUUCCGCCUAUGGCAAUGUGAAGUCUACCAAGAUCAUCGUCGAUCGUGCCGGCGUUAGCAAGGGCUAUGGUUUCGUCACCUUCGAGACAGAACAAGAGGCUCAAAGGCUGCAAACGGAUGGUGAAUGUGUCGUGCUAAGGGAUCGAAAACUGAAUAUAGCUCCAGCUAUCAAGAAACAAUCGAUCGUUGCAACGAAUGGUGCUGUCUAUUAUACAACAACACCACCGGCCCCAAUUAGCAAUAUGCCCAUUGAUCAAUUCGCCGCCACGGUUUAUCCGCCAGUUACUGAUUUUACAGCAGCCGGCGUGCCAACAAUUUACCCACCUUCGAUGCAAUAUCAACCAUUUUAUCAGUACUAUAGCGUGCCAAUGGUCAGUGCGGCGAAUGUACCCACCAUUUGGCCACAGAAUUAUCAAGAUAUUUAAAGUAAAUGGCAAACUAUCAAACGAACAAAAUGUGUGGAACUGUGUGUGCUAGCUGAUGAGAUGGAAAAGAAUUCGGAGCGGUAUUAAUAAAUUAUGAAACAACUGAACCAGAAUAAGGAUAGUGUUAAUGAAUUACAACGUAAUGUGAUCUCUGAAAAGUAGAGCCAGAGCUCGUGGGGGCAAACAACGAAAAUUGUUUUUUGGUUCGUAUGUAUAAAACCGAAGAUGCUUCUAUAAAUUGUGUGCGGCAGAACUGCACGUACAUAAGAGACAUAGGGCCUUUAAUAUUUUUUUUUUUUUUAAUUUGAAUUUUUUUUAUUAUGUUAGGAUUGUAAAAGCAAUAUUUUCUAAGCAAGCAUUUAAACCAACCGCGGUCGAAUGCAUAAUUCUUCUUUUAAUUAAAUAUUUUUCACUUUCCGAUUUUCCGACGGUACUCCUCCGAACAUUUCCCCUGCCAUUCAACACUCAUUACGUUUGUGUAUAAUUACAAAGCUUAGCUAAAAUAUCUAUAAGUCCCAGUCUAGCCUAACCAAUCUAGCGACACAUCAUCACUUACUAGCUGAAAUCUCUAUAAUACCUAUUUCUUACAUUAUCUUCGUUUGAUAUUGAUUUUUUAUUAUAUUUUUCUUAUUUUCAAUUAGACUCUUUACAUGUGUAGUAUGAUAAAUGAAAAUUGCAUUUAAAUUUCGAUUUGAAGUAAUCAACACUUUUUAAAUUAUGAACAAGAAACGUCUUCAAAUUUUUUGUUUCUAAUUUAAUUAUGCAUUCACUACUUUAUUCCUUAAUUUCCUUGCAUUAUAUAAAUUCGAUUUUCGUCAAGUAAAAUUAACAUUCUCCUUAACCUUACAAUCGGCAUUGCAAACAAAUUGUAUUAUGUACUAGUACGUUUUGUGAUCACACCACCACCACCACCACCACGAUGAGUAUUGGUUAAUUGAAAUUUCUUUUAACAUUUGAAUUUAUGUCAUUAUUUCUGUAUCGGAAAAUGUAUGAUGAUUUAAAACAAACACGAAAACCAAAUAAUAAUACAUAUAAAUAAAAAAAAUACUAAACAAAUGCAAAAAUAACUGUUACCAACGCUGAAUAAAUGGAAUAAAUAAUGUAACUGCUUGGAGUUCUCAUUUCACAUUUGUACAAAAGAAGUGAAUCUGGUGUCAAUUCGCUAAAUUACUGCAGCGCACUUUGUUGGUAACUUGUAGCUGGAUAAUAUUAUAGUUGCAUAGACAUUCAAUACUGGCAUUUUUGUGGAAAAAUUCAAUAAAUUUAUGUCGAUAUCGCACGCUGAUGGCCGAACGUUCUGGCAUAUAGAGUAUUGUUGAUGUAUUCAAGAGAGGGUUUCAAUGUCAAUGGUGUCACAGCUCAACAUCAAAUCAAUAAUAUCAGAAUUAUUGAAUUGUUUUCUGUUCAAAUAUUGAUUUCGACAACUAUCAAUAAGCUCAAAAACGCUGAUAUUUUUAUGUAAGAUACCACUUCCACAGCUCUAAACGAUCAAGCGUGGUUGAAAUCUAUUUAAAAUGUGUAGAAUUCUACGAAUCCAACAUAUUAUAUGUAUACAGCGGAGUUAGUUGGUUUUCACUAUUUUGCUCAGCUCUCAACUAUGCACCUAUCCUUAGGCGUAACUUCAUUUCACUGGAAAUUAUCCAAUUUCGCAAAAAAUCUAGGAUUGUAGAUAAAAUAAUAUAAUAAAAAUUCUAUAUGCUAAAGCAGAGACUGCAAUAAAUUGUGUAUAGAUGGCAUCUGUACGAGUGUUUUUCCGUGUUCACCAGUAUAUGAGUGACUCGGUUUCUAUUAGCCUGAUUUUAGGCGUUGAGAGUGUGUUAACCAUGUGCGACUAAUAAUAAUGAUUUUUAAAAGGGUAUGAAAUUACACUUUUUUACAAAAAUUUUGCAAACAUCUGAAAAGGUAUUUGAACAACUUAUCCAGACUUGCUUAAGUCGUUUAUAUACACAAAUAUAAACAAUUUUAGUGUCACAGUCACCAGCACUGAAUGAUUUAGCUGUAGCAUAUAAGAAUUUGAAGAUUUUCGCUCGAUGAAAUAUCAAUUAUGCAACUAAAACUUGAGUACCGAGUACCCGUACAUAGGCAGAGGUUAGGUUAGGGUGAAAUUAUAGUGAAUUGCACAAAACGGCAUUUUUAGGUUUGGAAAAGAAGCAAACGAUAUUUUUCCUGGAACUGCUAAAUACACGUACACUAAUAAAUAUAUACAUAUACAUGUAUUAUAUAUAGUAUAUAUACAUAUAUAUAUAAAUAAAUGCAAAUAACUAAAACUAAACUAAAUGUAAUUACACGAAAGCGUAGAAAAUUCAUGAAAUACUGAAUUAUAUACAUACAUAUACGGUUGUGUCAAAUUAUAUUAAUAAUUACUGUAUACAGACUACAUGUAUAAGCAUACAUACACACAUAGAUUCAUAAAUACUCGUAUGUAGGAGGCUAACUUAACAAGUCUAGGAUAUUAUUAUAUAUUAUACAUAUGUAUAUUGUAUAUUUUUUAAAUAAGUGGUAUAUUGAACAAAAAACAAAAACAAAACAAAAAAGCAGAAAACACAAAACAAACUCUAUACAAAUCUCGAUGUGGUCUAUUUAUCCUAAAAUAAAACAUUGUUUGACGCCCUCAAUAUACUUACAUAUGUAUAGAAACGCGUGUAAGUAUACGAAUUCGUUAAAGUUGUAAAGCAAAUAUGCAAUAUUAAGUAAUAUCUAAUAUUCUAGUAAUACAAUAAAAUAGUUUAACUUAAUUAUACAAAUUGAAUAUAAUAACUUUUGGCCUAGUAAAUAAACAUACAGCAAAUAUUAGCUGCAACUGAGUAAUAUUAUUUUUCAAAAAAUUACAAAAAAAUUACACAAAAAAAUUAAAAUUUAUAGAAACUAUUUAGCAAAUUGAUUAGGACUCCAAACAAAUGGAAAAAUACUCGUAAAUGUGAAUGAAAAAACCUUUCGAGGUACGUGCAGCUAGCACUCGUUAAGUAAUCGCAUGCUUAUAUAACCUUACCAUACUCACUUUCAAAAUAUUUAAAUCUUUAAACUUGAAAAAAAAAACCAUUGGGACAAUGGGACUACAAAACGACACGGAGACAAAAAGCACUGUGAUAUUCCAGUAAUAAUUCAAUGAUAAUACUAACUUACCCAUAAAAAAGGUUGAGGCCACCGAAAAGACCGGCUAAAAUCCGGAACAGUUCCGUUACCGCAGAACCGGCUGUAGUGGUAAUUGUAAUAAUUCAAUGAUGCUUCGGAGUUCUAACGAAAUUUAGAUGAUUCUAUGCAUUCUUACUGUUUAUAGAAAGCUGCUUCGCUGACCAUUGUUUUUUGAAGUGUUAUCAGAUAUGUGAGAUGCUAUAUCGAACAUUCUAAAUGGCUCUUCAUUUUUCGCACAAUUGAGGGCACAGUUAUUAGAUGAUGUUGUCUCCCAACCCAAACUAACCUAACUUUUUCUCUAACCGUAACAUAUCGUGCAUUUGGUAAUAACCAAUCUGUAUGUUUUUAAAAUUAUGACCAGAGUUUGGAAUGGUUUUUUACGAGAUAUUCAUUAGCGGUACUUUAAAAAUCAGUCAAACAAUCUUCCAAGGCAUUUGAAUAUUACAUUCAAUUUGUAUGUAUGGUAUGCUUGUAUGUAAGCAUGCGUUUACUAAUUAUUAUUUAAGCUGUUUUAUUUGAAAAUUGCUCCAUACUCUAUACGCAAAAUGAACGUUAAAUCUAGAAAAAAAUAUCUAAAUUAAAAUGAAAUAGAACAAACACUUGUUGGCGACACUAAUCGAAACUCUUUGUGAAAUUAUGAUUUGCGUAAAUGAAUUAUUUAUGAAUAUACUUGAACCAUUAAAAAGUAAGAAUUAUAUUUAAUAAAAUACUAAAGUACAUGAAUACAAUAAUUAUAUGCAACGAAGAUUUAUGUAAAAUUAUUGUGUAGAUAGAUUAAGCGUGCAAGGGCUGUUUAAAUAUGAAUUUAAUUUUCCAUACCACAAUCAUACAAACUAAAGUAUUAAAACUCACAUUUGCUGUUGAUAGUCAGAAUUUUAUUCAGUUUUGUUAUUGUUUCUUUUUUUUUUGCUAUUUUAUAAUUUAAAUUAUAUGUUAUAACUCAUUAUUAUAUAUUUCAAAGUUAUAUUACUCAGCGAGAGUGACUACCAAUUAUAGCAUAGAUAAGGCACAGAAUCUGCAUUGAGAUUACUCUUAUGGGCCUUCUGGUAUGUGAUUUCUUUGAUCAACGAUGUAGCCGUAGCACUGACCUCUCUGAAGGUGUUGUGCAAUACUACUUACUCUCUAUAUUAAAACAUGAAAACGAUCGAUAUGAGAGCAAAUUACGAAUUUCCAGUGCUUUCGAGAAAGCUAGUUGGGAGAAAAGUUGGCAGACUAUUUCACUUAUAGAAAGUUGAACUUUAAAAAGCACACUGUAAACAUGGAACUUCAACUCUUACAAAUUCUUCUUUCAAUUCUUACAAAAUUAACAUAUCGGAAUGGUGUAUGGGUUCUCAAACAACAAGAGGCUUUUCUUCGUGUAAUUACUGAUUUCCGGAAGCAUUUCCAAGUUUACAGUUGAUGUCAAAUUGACAGAUUCCAAAAUAGGCAAAUGUUGAUGAAAUCCUAAUCACAACAUGGGUUGAUAUGGUAACAGGAAGAUGAAAGCCAAGCUAAUUUCUGUAGAAAUUAUGAAAUACCUUCGGGGGUUUGAAUUUUCUUUUAGAGCAAUGUAAUAUAUAGUGUGUUAAGGAAAGUUCUGAGGCUAUUUGUUAUCACUCUGUGAGUAUUAUGUAUAUUUUUAAUUGUUGUAUUAUUAAAUAUAAUAAAAUUUUUAUUUACUCUAUCUUUACUUUGUUCUUGGUAAAAAUAGUAUAUUCGACUCAUUAUUUGUUGAUAUCAAUAAUAUACAUAAUAAAUAUAUAGUAUAUAUUUGACUUUGAUAUCAUAGCAAAUGCAUCAAGCGCUCUCUUUUAUAAAAGUGUACAAAUUGUAUGUAUGUAAUUGUUUAAAGACAUACGUAUACCCCACACCUGUAAGAUAUUUACGAGAAAAUGAUCAUCAUAUACAAUGAACUCUAUUUUGAUGUGUUUUAUUAUAGUGAACAAAUGUAAGAUUUGAUUUUUGAAAUACAUACAUACAUACAUAUAUAAACCUGAAUGCAAUAUACAGAAAUAUCCAUUGACUAUAUUAUAAAAUAAAAUUAUUUCCAAAAAAAAAUUAUUUUCCAAAUACACAAUUUUAUUAAGAGUAGUGAAUAUAUUCCGGCAAAAAAUAUUCGUAUCGUAUUCAAUGUAAAAGAGAUAUUCUCGUAUGUAAGUAAGCCACCGAUUUUCGCCAACGAGAUUUGAUUACCAAAGUCAUUAAGAAAAUCUACUGAAACAAUAUGAUAUGUUGUUGUUGCAUUAUGCUCGUAUAUGUAAAUGAAAUCCAUAAAUAUGUAAAUUAUUAAAAAAAAGUAUUUAUUUUCAUAGCAGUUAACAGCAGAAAUCAAAAUUAAACACCUACACGAAUACACGCAUACAUACAAACAAACAGACAGACAGACAGACAUACAUACAUGUGUGAAUAUAUGAAUUACAUAUGUAUGAGAAACAAUAUUUAAACAAAUAUAUCAUUUGGAAAUUGGUAUUCAAAAUUGUUAAAAAUUCGUAUGAAAUUGUAGCGCCAAAUGGUUUCACCGAAAUUGUUGAGUAUUUUUUACUACAUGUGUACGAUAUUUACUUAGUACAUAUGUAUGUUUGUACAUAUGUGUUUACAUAUGGCAAAAACGAUUUAUUAUUAUUCGUGCAUCCGCAUUGUAGAUGUGCUUAUAUUGAUAUAUACAAAUACCCGUUUAUAUACUAAUUGCAAUUAGAUGCCAAUCAAAGCAUCACCUCGUUGAAACGAAAAAAUAUGUUAUUACCUGAUGGCAUGUAUACGUACAUAUUCCAGAUUUCCUCUUCUUCUUAUUAUGCUUUAUUUAUUCCCUCUACCUUUUACAGUUAAUUAGCGCUCAUUUUUUUUUUAAUUAACUGAGCUUAAUACAAACUUCUAAAUGAAUGAAUUGGUGAUCGAAAGGAAAAUGUUUCUCUUCACUAUGUGCUUGGCCUAAUAUGGCUACUAUCUGAUUGUAAUUUCGCAUCUCAUAUGCUGCUUCAUAGUUUAUUCAAAUUAUUGUUUUAAUUAAUACUUUCUGUAGCAGACACCUAACCUAGUACCUAGAAAUAUUUUAAAUUUUAUAAAAUAAUUAUUAUUUUGAAUAUCUGAAAAAUUUAUAUUUUAUAAUCUAAUUUUUAAUAAUUUAAAAAUAUCGAUCCAAAAUAUUUGACUAUAUGAUUGUGUUACAAUAUCUUAGAGUGGACUUUGUGUAUUUAACUCUUCAAUCAGGAAUAGUUUGUGAUCAAUUUUCGAAUUUAUUAACCACAUUUUCAACACCAUAAGAACAUAUGAGGAGUUUGUACUUAAAUCAAUCUGAUAACGACAUAUAUAAAUUUUUGUCACUUCCUUGUCAGCCAGAUUUUGAGUAAACUCCCAAUUUCAUGACGGUCAAGUUAGUCGCUCAUCAAAAAUGACAAAAUAUUAUAUGAAUUGUGUUAAAAAAAUUACGGGAAUUUUCGUUUUUCGAAAAAAAUAUUUAUUAAUUCGUCUACAUUAAAGUUGUCGCGUUUAAAAUAGUUCUCAUUCGAUAUAUUGCAGUUAUGCGUCUUCCAAUCGUCGAAACACUUCAUAAACCUGAUUUUUGGGAUAGUUUUUGGAUCUUUCAGCUAUUAGGUCUACAACUUUGCUUCCGCCGUUUUUUGGUAAAUUUUUGUUUUUUUUUUUUAUAAAAACGGUUACAAAUGUCGAUGAGCCGCAGCCGCACUUUCCUUGGAAUUAAAAAAGAAAAGCAAAAUUUCAUUCGGAUUCGGCUCAAAAAGUGACAUUUUCAAUUGAGAAUAAGUUUGGGAUGCAAACAGAUCUCUACAAAUAUUUUGUUGGGUUAAUGCUGACACAAAUGUCCAAGAUCGAUAUAAAACGAUUUAAUCGAUUAAGAAUUUUACAAUUGCACUAUCUGAAUCCGUGAAAUUUUAAAUUCUACAAUUACCGUUAUUUUUUGAACACACCACGCAAAUGAGGUUAAUAUAUCCGCAAAUAACUAGCAAGAACAAACAAUCUGAAUUAAUUGGUAUUUUGGUCACACCAAUUUCAUACUGAAAACGCCGCUGUUUGAUAAAGCGCCUGGUUAAUGUGACACACCCUGUAUUUAAAUUUAAUUGCGAAUUAUGUUUUAAUUCCCUUGUAGAAUGUGAAUGAAUUUCUAAGAAUUUAACAGUUUUUCUCCUAUUCGAAAUUCAUUCGAAAUGAAGUUAAAAUUCAUAAAGUGCAUUCAAACUCUUUGCGAAUUGAUUUCAUGCAUUUCGAUCACGUCUUCAUUGAUUAUUUAUAGUUACAAUCUAUUGUUAUUCUACUACAUAUACACACAAAUAUAUACUACAUGCGAACUUAUCGAAAACUACAAAAAGUAAUUAAUUUAUUAUAUUGAAAUGUGUAAAUGCUGAU